UAUGAUAAGAAUUGGAUAUGAAAUUAUGAAUAGAAUUUUACCAACUUUAAAAAGCUCGAGCCUUUCUCUUAGAAACCUUAAAAUAUUCCAAAAUUUUAAGAUCGUUCAUAUGAAUUAUCUGAAAACUAAUAAAGCUCAACUGGAUGAUAUGAGCUUCAUGAAAAUUGCAAUCUAGCCAGAGAGUUGAGCUCAAAUUUUCUCAUUGACCAAAAUCCCAUGAACUCCACCAUCUUCAAGCCCACAACUCCACCACCGUCCCACCCAUCUUCACUCUUCCCACAAAUCACAGCAUGCAAAACCAUCAGAGACUUGCAUCUAGUCCACGCCCUCUUCAUCAAAACCCGCCAAAUCCACGACCCUCUUGCCGCCGCCGAAAUCCUCCGGUUCUAUGCGCUUUCAGCUCACCGCAAUAUCGAAUGGGCUCGCUCUGUUUUCAACCAUAUGCAAACACCCAAUUGUUUUUCUUGGAACACCAUCAUCAGAGCUCUUGCUGAGAGCUCUGUUGAUGAGCACCCACUUGAGGCUCUGCUUUUGUUUUCUCAAAUGGUUUCUUAUGGUUUUGUGGGCCCCAAUAGGUUCACCUUCCCUUCUGUGUUGAAAGCCUGUGCUAAAAUGGGGAAUCUUGGAGUGGGCAAGUGUGUUCAUGGGAUGGUUGUGAAGUUUGGAAUGGAUACCGAUGAGUUUGUUGUUAGCAAUCUUGUGAGGAUGUAUGUUAUGUGUAAGGUUAUGGAGGAUGCACAUUUAUUGUUUUCUAGGAGUGUUGUUGUUUGUGGUCAUUUGAAUGAGAGGAAGCAAGAGGGUAAUGUGGUUUUGUGGAAUGUGAUAAUUGAUGGGUAUGUGAGAGUUGGGGAUAUUAGAGCUGCUAGGGCGCUGUUUGAUAAAAUGCCUCAGAGAAGUGUAGUGUCAUGGAAUGUGAUGAUAUCUGGUUAUGCGCAAAAUGGGUUUUUUAAGGAGGCCAUAGAUUUGUUCCGUGAUAUGCAGAUUGAGAAUGUAUAUCCAAAUUAUGUGACUUUGGUUAGUGUCUUACCUGCAAUAUCACGGCUAGGUGCACUUGAACUAGGGAAAUGGAUACAUUUGUAUGCCGGUAAGAACAGAAUCGAGAUUGAUGAUGUGCUUGGUUCUGCAUUGGUUGAUAUGUAUUCUAAGUGUGGGAGCAUUGAGAAGGCACUUCUAGUUUUUGAGAAACUGCCUAAAAAGAAUGUGAUUACUUGGAAUGCCAUAAUUAGUGGACUUGCUAUGCAUGGUCGAGUGGAAGAUGCUCUAGAUUAUUUUAAAAAGAUGGAACCGACUGGUGUGGUGCCUAGUGAUGUAACAUAUAUUGGUAUCUUGAGUGCUUGUAGCCAUGCAGGUUUGGUGGAGCAGGGCAGAUAAUUCUUCAACCACAUGGUUAAUGUAAUUAGCUUAGAACCUAGAAUUGAGCAUUAUGGGUGUAUGGUUGAUCUGUUAGGUCGUGCUGGACUGUUAGAAGAAGGUGAAGAGCUUAUACUAAACAUGCCAAUUCAGCCGGAAGAUGUUACAUGGAAGGCUUUGCUCGGAGCUUGCAAGAAGCAAGGGAACAUCGACAUGGGCAAACGCGUGGCAGAGGUUUUGAUGGACUUGGCUCCUCAUGACAGUGGAUCAUACGUUGCUCUCUCAAACAAUGCCUCUUCGGGAAAUUGGGAGGCGGUUGCAAAGGUUAGAUUGCAGAUGAAGGAUAUGGACAUUAGGAAAGACCCGGGAGGCAGUUCGAUUGAGCUUGAUGGAGUGAUUCACGAGUUUGUGGUGGAAGACGAAUCGCAUCCUCGAGCAAGAGAAAUCCAUUCAAUGUUAGAGGAAAUCUCCAACUAGUUGAGCUUAGAACGCCAUAGGCCUGACACCACUCAAGUGUUGCUCAACAUGGAUGAAGAAGAAAAACAAAGUGUUUUGCAUUAUCACAGUGAGAAGAUUGCAACUGCCUUUGGCUUAAUCAGUACAGCCACUCAAACCCCUCUUUGAAUUGUUAAGAUGCGCAUAUGUGAAGAUUGUCACUCUUCUCUAGAGUUGAUUUCAAAAAUUUAUGAACGCAAGAUUAUCGUCCGUGACCGCAAGCGCUUCCACCACUUCGAGCAGGGGUUCUGCUCUUGCAUGGACUACUGGUAAUUCGUCAACAAGAAAUGCAAUUUGCAGUUAUUUUUUGCAAUUGUCUGUCAAAGAA